AUGGGCUUAUACAACAACCAUGAGCCAGAGGAUGCAAUCCAAACAGCCCCCGAUGAAGACGUGGAAAAAGUCACCCUGCCAGCUCAUGAGGAGAAACUGGCUACUGCAAUGCAGCCAGCUAUCAACCCUGAAUUAGAGCGCCAGCUUGUGCGGAAAUUGGACUGGCGUGUUCCAACGCUGAUGGGAUUUUUCUAUCUCCUUGCUUUCCUCGACAGAUCUAAUAUUGGUAAUGCCAAAAUCGCCGGCAUGGAAGAGGACCUCAACCUCGAUGGGAAAAAGUACGCUUGGCUCUUGACGAUUUUCUACAUCUCAUAUACAGUGUUUGAAUUCCAAGCAUUGAUGUGGAAGAUCAUCAAGCCGCACCAAUGGGCUGCCUUUGUCGUGUUCUCCUGGGGCUUGGUGGCAAGCUGUCAAGCAGCAGUCACCAAUUGGCAGGGUAUGAUGGCUCUCCGGUUCCUGAUGGGUGUCUUCGAGGCUGGCUUUGGUCCCGGUGUACCCUAUCUGCUGUCGUUCUUCUACCGCCGCCACGAGCUCGGUCUCCGAUGCGGUCUAUUCCUAUCCGCUGCCCCACUAGCGAAUACAUUCGCCGGAGCCCUGGCCUACGGUAUUACUUCAGGACAAGCUGCGGUGGCAAAUUGGCGAUUGCUUUUCCUGGUUGAGGGCGUGCCAGUUUGCGCAGCUGCCCUGCUAGCUUGGUUCUAUGUGCCAGAUAGCCCGCUGGACGCCAAGUUCCUGACCGAGGAAGAGAAGGAUGUUGCGCGUGCUCGUGCGAUGCAACAAUCUGGUGAAGCGGACCGCACGGGGAAGGUUCAGUGGAAGGAACUGGCCAUGAUGCUUCUCGAUGUGAAAGCGUGGCUUACAGCGUUGAUGUAUUUCAGCUGUAACGUCAGUUUUUCUUCUCUUCCUGUGUUCCUGCCUACCAUCCUUAAGCAGAUGGGCUUCACAGCCAUCAAUGCCCAGGGUCUCACAGCACCUCCAUUCUUUGCCUCGUUCCUGGUGACCAUCGCGACUACCUGGGUGGCAGAUCGUAUCCAGCAACGUGGAUUGAUGGUCGCCGGAUUAUCACUAGUCGGGGGCGUGGGAUACAUCCUCUGCGCAACCUGCAAAUCAGUGGGUGUCCGAUACUUUGGGGUUUUCUUGGCAGCCUGUGGGAUCUUCCCGUCGAUCGCCAAUAUUUUGCCCUGGGUUCUGAACAACCAGGGCUCCGAUACUCGCCGCGGUGGAGGUAUCAUUCUGCUCAACCUCAUUGGCCAAUGUGGUCCUUUCCUGGGCACCAAUAUCUUCCCGGAUGAAGAAGCCCCGAGGUAUGUAAAAGGUAUGUCAAUCUGCGCAGCGUUUAUGUUCUUCACUACUGUCCUUGCUCUGUGCCUCCGUGUGCUCCUUGUGUGGGAGAACCGACAGCUUGACAAGAAGUAUGGGCCGUGCAUUGUGCAUGACCCGACCAAGUCUGUGGACGCCCCGGUAGCGGAGGACAAUUACGGUGCGAAUUACCGUUUCGUUCUGUGA